UGAAGGUUCCCUUUUUGAUUUUGGUUCUUUUAAACAUAGCUCAUUGUAGACAUGCCCCUUUGUACGAUGGUACUGAUGCAACUUUACCAAAAAACUUGAAAGAUGACUCAAUCAUGAACAAGAUAGAAAAGACAAACCAUGAUCACAUGAGUGAAAAGGACAAGAAGGAUGCUCAUAUAUUUGAGGGUGACAUUGACUUGCCCUCGAAUCUCGAGGAAAGCGUGGACACCAGAAACUGUAGCGAGUCAGAAAACGCCAAGGUUAAAGUGGACAGCAUCACGAAUAAUAGUAAAAGGAAAGCAAUACGAGCAAGAGUUUUUGUAUGGAGAUCAAGAACCGUUCCUAUCGAAAUAACACAGGAAGUUGCCAAUGAAAAGAAUGGAGAGAAAAAUGUUUGGGAUGCUACAAAAGAAAUAGAAAAGAACACYUGUGUGAAGUUUAGAAAGAAACAAUCUGGCGAUAAGCACUGGAUCAAGAUGAUCAAAGACAAAGGGUGCUGGUCAUUGGUGGGCCGUCAAGUGCGCAUAACCAACGGCCAAAAGUUGUCAAUUGGAGAUGGCUGUAACCAUGUGUCGGUAAUCUUGCACGAGUUGCUUCACGCCCUGGGUUUUUGGCACGAGCAGUCAAGAACAGACCGAGAUAAAUACGUUAAUAUCUUAUGGGAAAACGUUCAAGACGGUCAGUUACACAACUUCAACAAGUACGAGGCUGGACAAAUGGACAUGGUUGGAGGAAUGUACGACUUUCACAGUGUAAUGCACUAUGGAAACUAUGCCUUUUCCAAGAACAAAAAGCCGACAAUGUUGUCAAUCAAAGAUCCUAAUCAGAAAUUCGGCAGUCACAGAUCAACACUUAGUAAAUUUGACAUAGUCCAAAUCGACUCGUUGUAUAAUUGCAAAACUAAAUCAGGGAGUUGGAGCUCGUGGACCGAUUGGGGACCGUGUGAUCUCGGCUGCCAAAAGAAAAGAGAAAGGUUUUGUCUUGAAAAGUCUAAAGAGGGUUGCCCUACCGCUGACCAACAUGGAAUCGAGUUUCAAAAGAGCAAAUGUGAGAAAGAUGAAUGUAACGUAUCUGUUCCUGGUCAUUGGGGUCGCUGGGGUACAUGGACAAAAUGCAGCAAAACCUGCGGUCAUGGCUACAGAACACGAUCAAGAUUGUGUCGGAAUCCCAAGCCACGAAAAGAUGGAAAAUUUUGUGAAGGGCCUUUUGUUGAAGCUGCAGACUGCAUGGUGGCAAAGGAAUGCAAAAAACAAAAUAAUUGAUGAUUUAUUAAAGGGAAAGCAUAUUCUCAAACUCAUUAAUAAUUUUUGUCACGUGCAUAAAACUGGAUACCCGUUCGUCUGAAACUACCUUUUCAAUCCAUGUUGACAAUUAAUUGAUAUAAUUAAAUCAAUUGACAUUGUAUCAUGGCGAAUGUUUUUCGUUUUUUUUUUGUAAACAAUAAAACCCUGCAGGCUCGUGCU